AUGGGGCGUGUCAGCCUUGGCUCCAAGAUGGAGCGUUAUUACCCGGCAGACACAAUAGCACAUAAUGGACCAUUGUUCUGGCCUCGUGUGCUACAAAGGAUCCAGGCCAAGACCCGUGAGCUAAGGGAGCGGCAGGCUCGGGAACGGGAUUACGCCGAGAUUCUAGACGUGAGCCGCUCGCCAGAGAGGUCUUCCGAGGAGGAGCACCCGUACGCCGGCAUCAGCCCACUUAACGACGGGCACAGCCGCCCCCAAACCCCCCGCGACAACUACCCUCGCGGCCAGCACCAGCACCAGCACUCGGACUCCCUGUACACCCAAGUCAGCAAGGCCCGCAUGGAGCGCCCCCCCUCUGCGGACAGUAACCGGCUCGCCCCGAGCAACCACGACCGAAUACAGAGGCUGAGGCAGGAGUUCCAGCAGGCGCAGACCGUUCCGGACGACGCGGACGACCGGCGCCGCACGUUCAGCUUCGAGCAGCCUUGGUCGAACGUGAGCGGUCAGAACGGUCAGAGUCAGCCCGGCCGUCACUCGGUGUCCGUGGAGGUCCAGAUGCAGCGUCAGAGACAAGAAGACUCGUUCGCUCAGGCUCAGCGUCAGUACAGCUCACUGCCACGGCAGCCCAGGAAGAAUCCUAGCUCCAUCUCUCAGGACUCCUGGGAGAAGGCGUAUCCUCCAGGUGAGAGCUUCCAGACGGCCAAGGACAAUCCCAGGUACUCCAGCUAUCAAGGAUCCAGGAAUGGCUUCCCGAGCGGCGGAGUCGGCGGCGUGGUGAACGCCAGAGUCCUCCUGGAAGCUCAGGAGCUGCUGAGGCAGGAGCAGCGGCGCAGAGACCAGGAGGCAAAAGGAAAGCUAGCCCAGGAGAGCGCGGCUAACUACGAGGCGUUUGGCAAGGACCCCGCCUCCCCUAAGGGGCCGUACCGCCACGAUGUGCCGCCUUCGCCCUCGCAGCUGGCCAGACUCAACAGGUUGGGCUCGGAGAAAGGAAGACUUUUUUAUUCCUGAGGACGUCGCCCCGGCAUUUCUUCAAAGUCUGCGGACGCCAUUUUUCUUCUCUGACAAUCGCAUGAGUGACACGGUGGCGUCUCCGGUGUGACAAAGUCGCACACUUUCUGUUGCCAUGAAGGUUUAUAUAUUUUGUUUUACGCUGUCAUACAAAUAGAAACACAGCCUGCGUAUCAACUUCCUGUUCCUCCUUUCAAAAUAAGUGCCCCCUCUUCGGAGAAAAGUAUGUUGCUAAUGAAAUGAAACAAGCACCUCCCCCUUCAUGAAUACUUCAUGGAGUGUUGUCUCAGUGGAUGAAACGACACUGAUCGGCUGCCUGACAACUCCCCCUGCUCCACUCUGAGCUCGACUCGCUGGCCUGCAGCUCUGAGCUCCUUCUUGUUGUGUUCAUUAGCGACCUGCUGGCUUCCUACCCCCUCUCGCUGAAUUUUUCAUGGCGAGCCACCUGCCGCCUGCCUCACAACCAGAAGACGAAAUGACAAAGGUUUACUCAAAAGUCUCUUUUUUUAAAUACCAUUUUUCCAAAGAUCCCUCACUUUUUUUUUUUUAAACGUCUUUGUAAACGUAAACACAGUAAAUCUACCCUACAAGGUGCCUGUUAGCAUGCUAGCUAGCUCAUUAGCAUCAUUGAGACAAAUGCUAAACAUCCAUCCAUCCAGCAAUCUAAGCAGGGUAGCCCAGACUUCCCUCUCCCCAGCCACAUGGUCCAGCUCCUCCCGGGGGAUCCCGAGGCGUUCCCAGGCCAGCCAGGAGACAUAGUCUACCCAACGUGUCCUGGGUCUUCCCCGUGGCCUCCUACCGGUCGGACAUGCCCGAAACACCUCCCUAGGGAGGCGUUCGGGUGGCAUCCUGACCAGAUGCCCGAACCACCUCAUCUGGCUCCUCUCGAUGUGGAGGAGCAGCGGCUUUACUUUGAGCUCCCCCCGGAUGACAGAGCUUCUCACCCUAUCUCUAAGGGAGGAAACUCAUUUUGGCCGCUUGUACCCGUGAUCUUGUCCUUUCGGUCAUAACCCAAAGCUCAUGACCAUAGGUGAGGAUGGGAACGUAGAUCGACCGGUAAAUUGAGUGCUUUGCCUUCUGGCUCAGCUCCUUCUUCACCACAACGGAUCGAUACAGCGUCCGCAUUACUGAAGACGCCGCACCGAUCCGCCUGUCGAUCUCACAAUCCACUCUUCCCUCACUCCUGAACAAGACUCCGAGGUACUUGAACUCCUCCACUUAGGGCAGGGUCUCCUCCUCAGCCCGGAGAUGAGGCCACCCUUUUCCGGGCGAGAACCAUGGACUCGGACUAGGAGGUGCUGAUUCUCAUCCCAGUCGCUUCACACUCUGCUGCGAACCGAUCCAGUGAGAGCUGAAGAUCCUGGCCAGAUGAAGCCAUCAGGAUCUGCAAAAAAGCAGAGACCUAAUCCUGCAGCCACCAAACCGGAUCCCCUCAACGCCCUGACUGCACCUAGAAAUUCUGUCCAUAAAAGUUAUGAACAGAAUCUGUGACAAAGGGCAGCCAACCCUCACUGGAAACGCUAAAGAUCCAAAUACAUACCGUAUUUUUCGGAGUAUAAGUCGCACCGGCCAAAAAUGCAUAAUAAAGAAGGAAAAAAACAUAUAUAAGUCGCACUGGAGUAUAAGUCGCAUCUUUGGGGGGAGUUUAUUUGAUAAAAGCCAACACCAAGAAUAAACAUUUGAAAGGCAAUUUAAAAUAAAUAAAGAAUAGUGAACAACAGGCUGAAUAAGUGUACGUUAUAUGAGGCAUAAAUAACCAACUGAGAACGUGCCUGGUAUGUUAACGUAACAUAUUAUGGUAAGAGUCAUUCAAAUAACUAUAACAUAUAGAACAUGCUAUACGUUUACCAAACAAUCUGUCACUCCUAAUCGCUAAAUCCCAUUAAAUCUUAUACGUCUAGUCUCUUACGUGAAUAAUAAUAUUAUUUGAUAUUUUACGGUAAUGUGUUAAUAAUUUCACACAUAAGUCGCUCCUGAGUAUAAGUCGCACCCCCGGCCAAACUAUGAAAAAAACUGCGACUUAUAGUCCGAAAAAUACGGUAAUUAAAAACCGAACUUUAGAUUUUGUUUGGUACGACAGCAAAUGAUUUUAUAUCAUUGAUUUUUGGUUUUUUGAAAGUCACAAAUGUGCUUGGCCAGUCAAUAAAAGACAAACAAUCGAUUUAAUUUGAACCAAUUAGCAUAACAACCCUGCUAUCAUUCCAGCAAAGUGUCAUUUUGUUCCGGAUUUCCUUCACUGCUGCUAAAAGCUAAGCCAGGCUAAGCUACAUAAUAUUAAUGGAGGGAUGAAAGAGGAUAUGAUGUCAUCUAAGGUCAUUUGUCAGAGAAGUGAAAUCAAAGAGUAUUUUUAAUCAAAUGUUCUGCUUGCAGUGGAAGCUAACGAGUUAGCUUGAACUCCUCUACUAUCAAUUUGACUUGUUUUCUCUCACUGAGAAACACAAACACAUUCUACUUGCCACCACAGUUUUAAAAUGGAUUUCACGAGGAAAAGUGUUUUGAUAACAUACUUUUGAAACUAGCCAUCUUUCUUCUUAAAUAUCCUGUUUGUCGUAAAAGACUGUAACGUUACUAAGUGCCUGACAUGAUGAUGAUGAUGUCUUUCGCACACGGGGAAGGAUUAUAAUGUUUUUUAACACAAUGUUGAACUGUUUUAAUGAAGUCCUGGUACUCCUUCCUCAAGCUUUUUUUUUUAAUGUUUUGGUCGGCGGCCAUCUUGGACAGUUGCCUUUUAGACAUGUUUACUUUUGAUAGACGAGAAGGUGAAAGCUGAUGUGCAAUUGUUGUUUUUGUCAUUAUUAACAUGCUGAGACAUGUGUAUAUAUCAAAGUGUAGAAUAAAAAAGGACUUCCUGUU